UGCAUUUGUACUUAGCUGUCAUUAUUCUUCACUAAAUUACCAUACAUAUUUUUCUAAAUCAUAUAAUUUUGUACUAAAGGUUUGUUUGGUUAUUAUACAUUUGCACUAGUACUAUGUGAGAACCAGUCUUUCAAUUCCUUGCCCUCCUUUUCUUCACCCUGCUUCCUGCUAACUCUUCCUCAGUCUGUCUGCUGCCCUGAGUCUUCUGAGUCUGCUCAGACCUUUCAGCAGCCGGCCUCUGCGUCCCUCUCAAGUCUCUCUGCUGGCUGAUUUCUCUCUUCCAUCAUCACUGCUCCACUGCCUCCCUUCCCUUGCCUCCACCUCCACUCUCCCAGCGUCUCAGCUCUGUCGCCUCGCCUCUCUGCUUUUACUUCCCCGCGGGAGCCGGUCAUGAACACCAAGCCCUCGCUGGACGGGAGCACUGACGUCCUGAAGAACAGGGAGGCUCAGGAGAUCCCCCCUCUGAGGAACUACCUCUGUCUCACCAUGUUCACCUGUUUCUGCCCUGCGUGGCCCAUCAAUAUUGUGGCGCUGGUUUUCUCUGUGCUGGCCCAAAAGAGCUACAACGAAAAGGACUAUGACGGCUCCAAGCGGCUGGGUCGGAAAGCCCUCCACCUGGGGAUUGUUUCUUUUAUCAUUGGCUUUCAUGUGGUGUGAGCUCUUGAGGAGGAAGACGAGGUGGAAGUAGAGAAGAGGUGAAACUGUCACAGAGGGAUCCGCUCCAUGGGAUGCAAAGGAUCUCUGCUUUGCUUGUGGCACCGACAGCUCUGGAGGUUUUGUAAGAGCUGGCUGAGUCUCACUUUACUGCCAAAUACGCCUUGGUUUGGCCUUGGCAGAUGAUAUUGCAAACACAGUUUUUGUAUUUGCAAGGUGAAAGGAAUGAUCAUGCAUUUGUCUCUAUGAAAGAGGACCCUACCAAUACUGUUUGACAACUUCCAUUAAAUCUUAUUGUUUACUGUAGCUAUUAAUAACUUAUUUCUUAUUAAUUGUGAUCUAACACUGCCAAUUAAAGCAGAGAAAUAUCUUUGACACGCUGCUCUGCUUCACUUUACAUGUGUACAUGGGGACUACAAUGUAAAAUAAAAAGGUUUUCUUUCAAAAAACGCAGUCUGGUAAACACAAGAACUGUAAAUGUACUACGAUUGAAAAAUGAGUUUCAUUUGAAAGUUAGAUUUUAGUGUUGUGAAUAAAUGACUCAAACAUCC